AUGACGGUCGCUCCGACACUCAGCGCUCCUGCAGCUCCACCAGGCUCAAGACUAGUCAACAUCCUCUCCACCGAAGUCAAGGUCAAGGUCUCAUCCGGCACCUCGAAAGACGCAAAGUGUAUGCUCGACGGCUCAGCCGAGACUUGCUGGACAUCUGACAACCUACCACCGAACAGCGACCCUUCCUCCGCACGCUACCUGCUCUCGUUCAAACUGCCCCAACCUCUCUCGCUACAACAGCUGCACAGCCUCUCGCUCACGUUCGCAGGAGGCUUCAGCCCCAUGUCAUUCAACAUUGUCGCAUCGGAACAGGACGGGAAAACGUGGGUGCCCGUCGCAGCAGACCUGUUCCCCAAGGAUACCAACGCCAAGCAGUAUUUCGACCUCAGCAGCAGUCUGCCAGCCGUGCCAAAACAGGCCGAUUGGUUGAGGUUCGAACUCAACGGAAGCACAGACGACUAUGGGCGUGUUACGAUCUAUCAGGCCGAGGUCUUCGCCGCCGUCGAGGUGUCAUGA